AUGGCUGAAUCUGAAUCAACCCAGCUAUUAGGGGUUUCAUUUCACCCUUCACAGGCCAGUCGGAUGAAGGCUGUGAUUCAGGUUGAUGGUAUGCGGUGUUACUCGUACAUUAAUAACAUUAAAGAAAUCGUUGGAAGCAAACCUGGUAUUUUUAAUGUUGGAAUGUCUUUUCCAGACCGUCAAGUUGUUGUUGAAUUUGAUGGGAAUAGCUGGGAUGCACAAGAAAUAGCUGAUGUUAUAGAAAGUAUGGGACUGGAAGCAAGAGUGUCAAGCACCUGUGAAAGCGAAGGUUUAAUUGAAACUUCGCUUCCUUCAUCAUCUUCUUCUUACGAAGAGGCAUACAUAGAAGUCAGGGGGAUGACGUGCCAGUCCUGUGUAAAAAAUAUUCAAGAUCACAUUGGCUCGAAAAAUGGCAUAGAAACUAUAGAAGUUUCUCUUAGCGAUGGUGAAGCUUACGUAACAUUUGACAAGAGCAAGUGGACUGGAGAAUCUGUUGCACAGGCGAUUGACGAUAUGGGGUAUGAUGCAAAAUUAAAAGCAGUUAGCGAUAGUGUAAAUACAUCAGCAGCAGUAGAAGUUUUGGAACUCGAUAGUGCUCAAAGUGUCGACCCUACUCUUGCUCCGGAAUACAGAAAAGCUGCACUGAAAGUUGUGAAUCAGCCUGUAAACGGGUUGAAAGUGGAAGAGAAGAGUGGUGAUGGCGAUAAAAGCCCAAUUAAAUUGCAAAUGGAAGACUCUAUCAAAAAAUGCACUAUAUCGAUUGAGGGGAUGACUUGUGCUUCUUGUGUUGCAUAUAUUGAAAGGAAUAUCGGGAAGGUCAAAGGUGUUGAGUCUAUAGUCGUUGCUUUGAUGGCUUCAAAGGCUGAGGUUAUUUAUGAUUCUAACGUUAUUGAUGUCAAUCAGAUAGUUACGAAAAUUACCCAACUUGGUUACAAUAGCACUUUGUUGGAGUGUGGAAGUACCGUAUUCCAGACGACCAACUUACAGCUAGGAGACUUGGACAAUCCGAUGGAUGCGAAAAGAAUAGAGUCUCGACUUCUGGAACGUAAAGGAAUUGAAUCAUGUACAGUACUGCCUGCAAAUUCCACGGCUUCCAUCGAGUAUAGCCCGACAGUGAUCGGUCCGAGGGAUAUUAUCAAAAUUAUUGAGGACCUCGGUUACUCUGCAGUCCUUCUCGAGAGCAAUCAGAAGUUAAAACGUUUCGACCAGUCUAUUGAAAUAUCUAAGUGGAGAAGUUCGCUCCUCAUCUCUUUAUUUUUUGGCAUUCCAGUAAUGGGUAUAAUGGUGUAUUUCCAUUGGUGUUUGAGGACAGCCAUGAAUCCUGAUAAUCAAAUUCCUGUUGUGCUUCCUGCAAUUAGUCUGGAUAACCUGCUUCUUUUCAUACUUUGUACUCCAGUUCAAGUAUUGGGUGGACGUUAUUUUUACGUGAAAAGCUGGAAGGCUUUGAAACACAAAACUUCUAAUAUGGACGUGUUGAUUGUGUUAGCGACUUCCAUUGCUUAUUUUUACUCUAUUAUUGCGCUGGUGGUUGCUGUUUUUUGUGGAUGGCCAAGUAGUCCGAUGACAUUUUUUGAUGUGCCACCUAUGCUCAUUGUUUUCAUUUCUCUUGGACGCUGGUUGGAAUAUAAAGCGAAGGGUCGUACUUCAGAGGCUUUGAGUAAACUAAUGUCACUUCAGGCUAAGGAGGCUGUUUUAAUAACUCUUGAUGAAAACAGCUGUAUUGUUUCGGAAGAACGGAUUGACAUUGAUUUGGUACAGCGUGCAGACGUAAUAAAGAUCUUACCCGGUGCAAAGAUUCCCAUGGACGGAGUUGUUAUCCAAGGAAAGAGCUCUGUUGAUGAAUCUUUUAUAACUGGUGAAUUUAUGCCUGUUAUGAAGAAGACUGGUAGUCCAGUGAUUAGUGGGUCUGUGAACGGGAAUGGAACAUUGCUGGUUAGAGUGACGCAUGUAAGCCAUGAGUCUACUUUGGCGCAAAUUGUGCGUUUAGUAGAACACGCUCAAACAUCGAAGGCGCCUAUUCAACAAGCUGCGGAUCGUAUAGCAGGAUACUUUGUUCCUGUUGUAAUUGGCUUGGCUUUUUUCACUUUGUUGGGCUGGAUUAUUGUUGGAUAUUUUGUAAUAACAGAUAAUUAUUUGACCGCAAAUGAACGACUUGAAGCAAUUUUAAAAAGGGCUUUUGAAGCAGCUAUAACUGUUUUGGCUAUUGCUUGCCCUUGCUCGCUAGGGCUAGCGACACCAACAGCCGUGAUGGUUGGAACGGGGAUUGGUGCAAGCAAUGGUAUAUUAAUUAAGGGAGGUGAAGCUUUGGAAACAGCACAUAAUAUAACAACUUUAGUCUUCGAUAAGACGGGAACGAUAACGGAGGGCUGUCCCACAGUAGUUGGAGUGCAGCUGUUGGUUUCUCAUCAACAUCUACCGUUGCGAAAAAUGUUAGGGAUCAUUGGAUCGGCUGAAUCGAAUAGCGAGCAUCCAAUUGCUUCUUCAAUAACUUCGUUCGUUAAGGAGUUUUUAUUGGCAAAUAAUUGGGGUGUCACUCAAAGGUUUCGUGCAUCAGCUGGUAGUGGUUUAUCAUGCGAGGUUACAAGGGUGCCAAAUUCUUUCCUUGCUUUGACACAGGAAGACGAAAAUAUAUCUGCCAGGCUUUCAUUUAUUGGUGCGACAGUUCGUCUGAAGUGCAAUGAUGUUGAAGUCAGACAAGCUUGUUUUACGGAAGAAGGUCAAGAGGACAACUACAGUGACUCGAAACCUUUCAAAGUAGUUGUCGGUAACGAACGAUGGCUAAUAAAGAAUGGUAUUCCUGUUGAUGAGACUGUUUCGAAUGUGCUGGCUGCCGAACAGUCGAAAGGUUUCAUAUCUGUCCUCUGCGCUAUUAAUGGUAUAAUUUACUCAUCUCGAAGGUGUGUUGCUGUCCUCAGUAUUACGGACAAAAUUAAACAAGAGGCAAAGUUGGCAGUUUGGGGUCUUAGGAAAAUGGGAAUUCAUGUCAUUUUGCUAACUGGAGAUAACUCAAAAACAGCUGAAGUGACUGCUCGACAAGUUGGAAUUAAUGAAGUUUUUGCAGAGGUUCUGCCUAAUCAAAAACAGCUAAAAAUAGAGCAAUUGCAGAAUGCUGGAGAAGUGGUUGCAAUGGUAGGUGAUGGAAUUAAUGACAGUCCCGCCUUAGCGAGAGCUGACGUUGGCAUUGCUAUAGCGGCUGGUUCGGAUGUCGCAGUUGAGAGUGCAGGAAUUGUAUUAGUGAAAAAUAACUUGAUUGACGUCGUAGGUGCAAUUAAACUAUCAAAAAAGACGACACGCCGGAUACAUUUAAACUUCCUGUUUGCUGUACUUUAUAAUGCUAUCGGCAUACCCGUUGCUGCAGGUGUUUUUCUGCCAUUUGGUUUUUUUAUUCAGCCAUGGAUGGCGGCUGCAGCGAUGGCGAUGUCCUCUGUCAGCGUUUUGUCGUCGUCUUUGUUGUUGAAAACCUUUAGAAGGCCUACAAAAGAAUCUUUAGCAUCUUUGGAGUUUCGGAAGUACGAAGCAGAGAUAAUGAUGGGAAAUUUCUCGGUCAAGGUUCACCGUGGCUUGGAUGAUACGAAUGUCAAAAGAACAAAUUCAAAAGUUUCUAUAGCUUCUCUUUUAUCCGGAAUUAGUGGCUUGUUUGGAUCUCAGCAGAGCGUGAAUCGUGUUAGACCUAAGGACAGGUCCGAUGAAUAUCAAACUUUUUGA